UUUCAAAAAAUCAAAACAGUUUAGCUUGUGCAAUUAAACCUUUAAGUUCUACUUAAACUAAAACAAAUCUUAUUCAAAAUGUUCAAAUUGUUCGUUCUCUCAGCCCUCGUUGCCUGUGCCAGCGCUAUUGUUGCACCAAUUGCCCCAUACGGAGCUGCUUAUGCUGCCCCUUAUGCCGCUGCCUAUGGAGCUGCCUAUCAUGCACCAAUCGCUGCUGCAUACCACGCUCCAAUUGUAGCUAAAACUAUUGCCCCAGCAUACCCAUACGGUGCUGCAUACGCUGCACCAUACGCAUCACCAUACGGAGCUGCUUAUCAUGCACCUCUUGCCGCCCCAAUCGUUAAAGCUGCCUAUGCUGCUCCAUUAGCCACAAGCUACGCAAACACAUACAAGGUUGCCGCUUCAUACCCAGCUUACCAUGCCGCACCAGUCGUCAAGACUAUUGCCCCAGCAUACCCAUACAGUGCUGCAUACGCAUCACCAUACGGAGCUGCUUACCAUGCACCUCUUGCCGCCCCAAUCGUUAAGGCUGCAUACCCAGCUUAUGGUGCCGCUUACUUGCACUAAAUUAUUUACUGACUGUUGAUUACAAAUGCCAUCACUGCCAAAUCAAAUCUUUGUUGUAAAUAAUUAAACUGUUUUUGUGCUCCGCCGCUAUUCAUUCUGUGCUAUACUAUCAUCCAUUCUUCCAUCUUAAUUUAAAAUAAUACUCUGAGCACUAUUUUUGUCUGUUAUUCCCUUAAAAACUUAUAAAAACGUAUGUCCAAAAAAAAAAAUUACAAGACAUGACAUCCAGCAAUUAUCUUGAAUAUGAAAAGUAUUAAAG